AUGCCUGACCUGAAGCCGCUCAAGACCGGCUACACGACACCUAUCGUUCGUUUCUAUGUCGACGUCCGGCCAGCCAUUCCCCAAGCCCGCUCGGCCACCGUAGAGCUGCCUCUCCUGGACACCCUCUCACGAGACCAGCAGGACAAGGUCAGUGCUUUCAUGCGACCCGCCGAUCGUCUCAUGUCGCUUGCCAGCGCCUUGUUGAAGUAUGUCUUUAUCCAUCGAUACGCCAUGAUUCCGUGGGAUGAAGUGCGUAUAUCGCGAACUCCUGACCCACACAGACGUCCCUACUGGGAGCCAGGGGCUGGAUCGACCGGUGAGAGCGGUCUUGAGUUCAAUGUCUCCCACCAGAAUGGCCUUGUCGCUCUUAUUGGCUGCAAGACCCCAGAGGAACAGAAUCAAGCAUAUGCAACGCAUAUAACGCACGACUCGAUUUCACCUGCCGAUGCGCCGCCACUGCCGGAAACCGCGCACGAGCAGGUCAGACUAGGUGUAGAUUUAGCCUGUGCCAAUGAACAUGGCCGGACACCGGCCGACAUGACUACACAAGUCAAGCUUGAUGAAUGGAUAGACAUCUUUGAAGAGAUGUUCUCCGAGGCGGCUCGCAAGCACAUGAAGUCCGCUCACUUCCCCGACGCCAGCUCCCCUGCUCAUGUCAUUCAGCAUCGCUUCCGCCUCUUCUACGCCUACUGGGCACUUAAGGAGGCCUACAUCAAGAUGGUGGGGGAGGGUCUGUUGGCUGACUGGCUCUCUAAGCUUGAAUUCGACCGCGUGUCUGCCCCCAACCCUGCCACUGCCGAAGACUUUCCAGAUGAUGGCUUCAGCUGGGCCUUGAGGGACGAGGAGGAGACAAAAUGGACUCCGCCAGAUCGCGCCGUCAGGAGCAUCACGGCCUCCAUGUAUGGCAGAGAGCUGACCGACGUGAGCUUAAGCCUGGUUGCGUACGAGUCAGACUUCCUGUGUGCCACCGCUAUGCGGGGCGUACAAGACUCUGCAGAGGGUACUCCUCAAGAGCGCUGGAUCAAGCUCGAUAUUGAAAAAGAUAUACGGCCCUGUGCCGAAGGCAAGUGCCAAUGCCUCGCUCAAAAGGUUGUUGAUGUCCAGGCGCCCUUAACUGCGACUGGAUCAGCCAGCGCAACAACCGAGUUACCAUACCCGAUCAUUCAAGCACAGCUCACAGAAUGA